GGGGUUCAUUCAUAAGACUGAGAGCUACGGCCACCACUGGGACACGCGGAGCUGGGACUUGGGGACUUGAUUGUUGUGGUUGUUGGGGCUGCGGAAUUCUGUUUAUUAGUUUUUCUUCCGGAAAGUUUUUGGAAGGAUUCUUCUGGAUAAUUCUACAUUUUACUUUGGAGGACCCACUUACUUUUUUCCGUCCUCUUUAUUACUCCCUUUCCCUUGGGGGACCCGCCGGACGCGUGGAGGAGACAGCACCUGAAGCAGAUUCUGUACAGCCGGACAGCGCGUUCCGCCUCUGGGGGAGCCAUCCCUCCGACCCCACGACCCCACGCCACUGGGUCCUACGGAGCCUGGACUUUCAGGCGGCACAGCGGCAUCUUGUGGGGGCCUGAGAACCGCAGAGGAAUUGCACCGAAACUUUGCCGUUGUUGGAACGGGACGCUGCCCCCCACCCCGAGGUUCCCCGGACAGCGCACUUUGGGGACGCGCUCGGCUCACCCCGGACUCGCACCUUUCGUCCCCCACCCGGCCAUAGCCUUGGCUUCCCGGCGACCUCAGCGUGGUCACAGGGCCCCCCCUGUGCCCAGGGAAAUGUUUCAGGCUUUCCCCGGAGACUACGACUCCGGCUCCAGGUGCAGCUCCUCACCCUCUGCCGAGUCUCAGUAUCUGUCUUCGGUGGACUCCUUUGGCAGCCCACCCACCGCCACCGCCUCUCAGGAGUGCGCCGGUCUUGGGGAAAUGCCCAGUUCCUUCGUGCCCACGGUCACCGCGAUCACAACCAGCCAGGACCUCCAGUGGCUCGUGCAACCCACCCUCAUCUCUUCCAUGGCUCAGUCCCAGGGACAGCCCCUGGGCUCCCAGCCCCCCGCCGUCGACCCCUAUGACAUGCCUGGAACCAGUUACUCCACGCCAGGCAUAAGUGGCUACAGCAGUGGUGGAGCCAGUGGCAGCGGUGGGCCUUCCACCAGCGGGACCACCAGUGGACCUGGGCCUGCCCGCCCAUCCCGAGCCCGGCCUAGGAGACCCCGAGAGGAGACGCUUACCCCCGAGGAGGAGGAGAAGCGAAGGGUGCGCCGGGAAAGGAACAAACUGGCAGCAGCUAAAUGCAGGAACCGUCGGAGGGAGCUGACCGACCGACUCCAGGCGGAGACAGAUCAGCUGGAGGAGGAAAAGGCGGAGCUGGAGUCAGAGAUCGCCGAGCUCCAAAAGGAGAAGGAGCGCCUGGAGUUUGUGCUGGUGGCCCACAAACCGGGCUGCAAGAUCCCCUACGAAGAGGGGCCGGGCCCCGGCCCGCUGGCGGAGGUGAGAGAUUUGCCGGGGCCAGCGCCCGCUAAGGAAGAUGGUUUCGGCUGGCUGCUGCCGCCCCCGCCACCACCGCCCCUGCCCUUCCAGACCGGCCAGGACGCACCCCCCAACCUGACAGCUUCUCUCUUUACACACAGUGAAGUCCAAGUCCUCGGCGACCCCUUCCCUGUUGUUAACCCUUCGUACACUUCUUCGUUUGUCCUCACCUGCCCGGAGGUGUCCGCGUUCGCCAGCGCCCAUCGCACCAGCGGCAGCGACCAGCCUUCCGACCCCCUGAACUCGCCCUCCCUUCUCGCUCUGUGAACUCUUGAGACUCAAAACAGACAAACACACGGGGGAGACUUGCAAGAGGAGGAGGAGGAGGAGGGGAGAGGGGGGACGAGGCUGAGCGGGUGCGUGGCUCCCCCGCCUCUCCUGCCGGACUCUGCAGCCCCCGCACCGCACCGCACCGGACAGGAGGGCCUCCUGGGUUUGGCGCUGCCUCUGGUGCCGGUGGCCCCGCGAGGCCAGGAAGCUGGUGACUUUGGGGGCAGGGGGUGGGGAGGGGAUGGGGGUGUCCAUCCCCAGCUGCCUGUUGGUCGUCUCACUUCAACCCAGUCUCUGGGGCUGAGGGGGUGGGGGUGAUGCCCGCCUGCGGGCUGGAGGGGGAGGGGUGCCGGCGUGGGCCGGGCUGGCGGGUGGAGAGGCCCAACUAGGACGCGCCCCAGGCCCCUCCCCGGUGUCCCCAGGCCCGCCCUCAGGGAGCGAUCAGGCUGGUCCUCCCUGCUGCCCGCCCUGAGCUGAGUGAUCCGCCUGCCCCUGGGUCAGCUCCUCCUCUGAAUUGAGCCCCCUUUGGAGGGAAGUUGGUGUUCCCCGAGGGGGACCGCCUUCCCCCGACCCAGACUCAGUCUGCAAUGUGAGCCUCCCUCCCCGGCCGUCCAGCCGCCCCCUCCCGGCGACACCACCUCGGAUUGGAUUUCUCACCCCCCGGGGUGCCCCGCGCUCAGCCCCCCCGCCCCGUGUCCGAUGACAGUGUUAUUCCCGGCCGCGCCCCGUCGGCCUCCCCUCCUGGCCUUCCUGGUUGGGCCUCUCUGAUCCGGGCAGCAGGGGGCGCUGUGAUGCCUGUCCUGCUGGAGUGUUUAUACUGUGAAAUGAGCUGGCCUGUUGUGGGGGGAAGGGUGGCGAGGGGAGUCGGGUGGGACCGAGCCCUUCCGGGGGGAUUGUGCGCCCCGCUCCCCGAAGCCUCUUCUUGGUUUCUCUCCCCGCUGCCUGCCUCCUUCCUCCCCUCGGCAGUGAGUUAGACUCAAGGGGGUGACAGAUUCGAGAGGGGUGACCCCUCCGCCUCUCUCCUCAGGACCCCCAGCCCCCCGAGAUGCGGCCUUUUUCUCCAAAGCCUGUCACCCUACCCCGGCCUAGGACGCCAAUUUCUCUCCCCCCUGGGCACCCCCACAUCUUACCUAGAAAAGGAGGUUGCCAGGGGGGAACCCCAUUAUUUUCCCGGAAAAGAUUUAAAGGCUGAGGCUUUGGUCCCCAUCCCCCCAAUAUUUUUGGACUGGUGAACUGGAAGGGGCCGGGCUCCCGUGAGCCCAGCUUCCUCUCCCCAUCCCCCCAGUCCCAAAUCUUGGUUUUGGCUCCCCCCGACCCCACCCCACCUUUUCCUUGUGCUUCACCUCAUGAGAAUUUUAUUGUGAAGCAAAAACUGAUAUUUUUAAAAAUCGGGUGGGCCAGGCCACCCUCGUGCUGCAUGGAGAACAUUCCACGUGCCCCGUCCUGCGCCUCCCAGACCCCUCCCAUAGCUAUUUAUCCCUUUCCUGGUUUCCGAAAGGCACUUAUAUCUAUUAUGUAUAAAUAAAUAUAUUAUAUAUGGGUGUGUGUGUGCGCGCGCGCGUGUGAGCGCUUCUGCAACCUCAACCUAGGUCACUUUGGCCCCCAAAGCCAUGCCCUCGAAUUGGAAACGCUGCUUCUGGAAAAUCUGGAGGCAGCCUGUCUCUAGCUGCGUCCUUUCUGAGCGGCUCAGCCCCUCUGGUUGUUCCUGGCAGCCUCUGGCUGUCUCUCUCCCGUGUCUCUCCCCCUCUGUCUCUUCCCAGCCUGUGUGUCUCUGACCAUUUCCACCCAUCUCCUCUCUGACCGUCCCUGAUCGGCCAGCUGCCUUCUGACUGUGGGUUCGCUGGGGACAUGAGAUUUUAUUUUUGUGAGUAAGCCUGAGGGAUCAUAGGCUUUCAUAGUCUGUAUCGUUGAGAAUUCCGGGUGCCAGUGUGAGAUUGCGAGCAGGGCCUGCCCCUGCCGGCCAUGAUUUAUUGACUCCCCCACCCCAUUCUGUAUUUGUGAUUCUCUUUUUGUAUUUUGCACCUGACCCCAGGGGGCUGGGACUGGCUGGCCCUGGGCCACUACCCUCCCCCACAUGGUUCUGCACUGUCGCCAAUAAAAAAGCUCUUAAAGAUGCAUCCA